GACCCUCAAAUGAAGCGGCUGGCCCCACACCCAGACUCAUUUGGGGCAGAGGGCUGACCCCUUUCUCUCUUAGCUGUAAGACAAGUGCCUCCCCCCUAAUAGGGAGGUCAAGGCGGGAGUACAGGGGGCAAGGGGCUCCCUAGAUUGGUGGGCGGCGGCGGGGGGACAGUUCCUCCAUUAAUAGCUUCUCGAUUAAUGUGAGGGGAGAGGAAGGAGAGAAGUGCCCCUUCAGCUCAUGCCCUGCCAUUGCCUCCACCCGGAAAUAUGAUUAGUGCCCCGGACGUGGUGGCAUUUACCAAAGAGGAUGAGGACGAGGAGGAGGCCUACAACGAUCCCCCCUUGCCCGAGGAGUACUCUGUGCCACUCUUCCCUUUCCCCAGCCAUGGGGCCAACCCUUGGUCCAAGCUCUCUGGUGCCAAGUUCAGCCGGGACUUCAUUCUCAUCUCAGAGUUCUCAGAGCAGGUUGGGCCUCAGCCGUUGCUCACCAUCCCAGAUGACGCCAAAGUCUCCGGCACCUUCGAUCUCAACUAUUUUUCCCUUCGCAUCAUGUCUGUGGAUUAUCAGGCUUCCUUUGUGGGGCAUCCACCUGGAUGUCCAUACCCAAAGCUGAACUUUGUGGAAGAUUCAAAAGUCGUGCUGGGGGAUUCCAAGGAAGGAGCUUUUGCUUACGUGCACCACCUGACUCUUUAUGACCUUGAAGCUAGAGGGUUCGUCCGCCCUUUCUGCAUGGCCUAUAUUUCUGCCGAUGAGCACAAAAUCAUGCUGAUGUUUCAAGAGCUGUCGGUGGAGUUCUCUAAAGCUUCAGAAUGCUUAAAGACUGGCAACCGGAAAGCCUUUGCAAACGAACUGGAAAAGAAGCUGAAAGACCUAGAUUACACUCGAACUGUUUUGCACAACGAAACAGAGAUCCAGAAGAAAAACAAUGAGAAAGGGUACUACACCACACAAGCCAUUGAGAAGGCCAACGAACUUGCCAGUGUCGAGAAAUCCAUCAUAGAGCAUCAAGAUCUUUUAAAACAAAUCAGAUCCUAUCCUUACAGUAAGCUGAAAGAUUCUGAUUUCCAUCCCUACAAGCCAGAGUGUUCACUGGAACAAGAAGACAACUUGGAACAUGGAUUUACUACCUCAAAGCCUGAUGAACCUGGUGAAAUGAACCUGCAUCCUCGGCGGGCCUCUUACACCCCAAAGCUUAUCAAGGCAAAAUCCACCAAAUGUUUUGACAAGAAACUCAAAACCCUUCAAGAACUGUGUGACUUGUAUUUUUUCACCCAAACACUAGAUCAGUUGCAUCAAAUUGAGAAAAUGUUCAGAGGUGACAUUUGCUAUCUCCUAACCAAUCAGAUCAGCCGAGCGCUUUUGAAACAGCAAACAAUUACCAACUUCCUUUUUGAAGAUAUAUUCCUUGUUGAUGAAAGGCCACCUGAGAAGCAGUCAAAUGCCUUUCAGGGAUCUCCUCUGGACUCCUCAGAUGCCAAAUAUUUGGAAGUCUGUCCUGCUCCUAAAACCUUAACUAGCUCAAUUGCUUAUAAAUCCAGUGUUGAGUCUGUCCCCAUUAAGAUGGAUCAAGAAAUCGAAGAUACCCGAUGCACAGAAGGCAGCGAACCGAUCCCAUAUGACCAUCAGGAUAAUCUUGGAUACCUUGAUGCCGACCUUAAAGGAAGUGUCAGUAGCGGCGAAAGCAUUGAAGUUUUAGGAACAGAGAAGUCUGUGGCUGCCCUCAUUCAGUCAUCUGGCCAAGAUGGCCAGGCCAUCUUGCCGCAGCCCCUCCCAAGUCCGCAGGUAGUGAGGAGCAAAGCUGUCAGUAAGAGGACCAUAAGUGAGGACAGCAUCGAAGUCCUUAGUACAUGUCCCUCAGAAGCUCUGAUUCCCGAUGACUUUAAAGCAAGCUACCCAAGUGCCAUUAAUGAAGAGCCUUAUGCAGACGAAGAAGAUGAAAGUCUUCGCUUCAGCCCUGGUUUAAAUCUAGACCAUGCUGGAGAGGUGGAAGGCAAUGCAGAACCUGAAAACCUACUUCCUGCAGACUCUGCCUGUUGCAUUGGAAAAGAGAGCCCAAGUUUUAGUCAUCCUUUGCCUAACUUGACCCCCAAACUUUGUGACGACGAUGGGGUGGUCAGCAUCCCACCCCGACCAUACCGGCAGGCAGAUCAGGAAUUCCGUGUGAACUUUACAGACUAUUCUUCCCAUGAUGGUGUCUUGGGAGGCCUCCUGACAUACGAGCUGGAUCCACAUUAUCUCACAAGCAGCCCAGAGACGAGUAAAAUGAGCUUGGAUAAAUGUUCAGACUCGACCACCAGCUAUAUGAGCAGUGCAGCAUCCACAAGCUCAGACAGGACCCCUUCUCCUGCUCCCCUUGUUGGCCAGCCAGGAGAAAGGCAUAAGAAGAAAGCUGGGCAGAACGCCUUGCGGUUCAUCCGGCAGUAUCCCUUUGCUCACCCAGCGAUAUAUUCUCUGUUGAGUGGCAGGACGCUGAUCGUGCUGGCGGAAGACAAAGGGGCCGUGGAGAAACUCGUCACGGCGCUCUCCAUUUUUGUCCCCAGUUGUGGAGCGUAUUCUAAACCUGUGAAGCACUGGACCACUACGCCUUUACACAUUGCGGAUUUUCAGAAGUGGAAGCUGAUUGGAUUGCAAAGGGCAUCUUCUCCAGCUGGCCUGAAUAUGCUGCACUCUCUCAGCCGGUACAACCGGUAUGUCAGCAUCCUAGAUGCUGACAGUAAGACCCUCCGGUGCCCCCCCUACAGAGGGACUUUGGUCCCCCGGCUUGCUGACCACCGCACGCAGAUCAAGCGGGGAAGCACUUACUUCAUGCACGUCCAGACUGUCUUGACCCAGCUGUGCUCCAAGGCCUUCCUGUAUGCUUUCUGCCACCAUUUGCACCUCCCUAUCAAAGAGGGCGAAACAGAGGAGUCCGUGGUGUCCCGGCGGCUGAACUUUCUGAAAACCCACCUGGGGCUCGCCAGUGAGGACGGCAAAGUGGUGCAGUAUCUGGCCGAGCUUCUCAAAUUGCAGUACAUUCAGGAUCCCAUCUGGGGGGUCAGCCCCGUGCUCAGGUUUGAUUAUGUGCCCAGUGCUUUGUAUAAAAUUUAGCCGUGUCCAGCCUGCCGUGCCACCUCGUCUCGCUCAGCAGUCAUCUCUGCUCAUCUAUGGUUGUUGGCUGUUCAUCCUCUUCCGUGGUCAGCAUAGUCUUUAUGGUGGUAUAGAAGCACCCACUUGGGGCUCCUGAGAAUUUGCAAAGCCCUUCUCAUUCAUCGAGACUUUGAAAAUAUCUCUACACAUCUUUUUUUUUUGUUUUUUAAAAAAAAGAGGAUGCUGUUAGCUUCUAAAUCAUUGUUUAAUGGAACCAUUGUGUCUUGUGUGACAGAGCAGGGAAUUGUUUCUUUACAGGGCGGGAGCUCUUUAGCAUUAAGGUGUCUACUUGGGAUGAGGCUGACACUGUGCUGGGGGGAGUGAUCAGCCAGAGCCCAUGUGCGCAUUUUGCAAACUAAAAGUGAGCUGCAAAAAUCUCUGAUUUUGGAAGCAUAGCAAACCUGAUUUUUUUUUUUAGAAGGGGAUAAGAGUGGGCGGAAAUGGCAUUUUACAUUCUUUUAAAAAAAUCUAAACAGAUAAGAAUUUGGCUGCCCAGAUAUCACAACAGAAACCCCAUUUCCAUUCACAGAGUCUCUUUGCAAAGUGGUUGUUGAGUUAACAGCAGCUCCUGGCAGAGAUGGAAGGGAAUGGGGAGGAAAUGAUGGAAUUGUAUCUGAUUCUGUUCCCAAAUGGUUGAAAGCACAAAGGGGGUCUCUUUUUAGGAUUUGAAUGUCGAGCUCCAUGCCUUGAUAGUCUGCUUUUCCCAGAGGGAAAGAGGAACCCUACAGAUUUUUGCCACUUACUGUGCUUUGCAGCAUGGGAAAUACAGAAAGAAAAAGAAAAUGCCAAUGAAAAGGGCACCCUUGGGUUCUCUCCGACAAUGUACAAAAUAGCUUGUGCAGCUGCCCCAAAUAAUGCACUGUGUGAGGUAGAGGUAAGCUCUCAAGGGGUUCAGAAUUGCCCAAUUUCUCUAAAUCCUUAUUGCACUCAGGUGGCAUUGAGAGUGAAUGUACUGGAGCAGGACUAUAUUUUAUUUUUGUGUGUCUUUGCAUGCUGCUUUUCAGAGGUUGGGCUCGGUUUGCCCUCCCCGGUGUAGCCAGCCCCAGGUUCUGCAUUGCCAUGUGCUGUUCCCCAACUCUCGUCUCAUUGCUCACAUUUGUUGCGUUCAAAAGCCAAGCCUUUCAACGGUUUUACUACCUCUACCGUAGCGUCACGUUAUGGUUGUUUCUGGAACCGCAGCUCACCGCUGAGCGGAUGUAGCAGACCUCCCCGUGUUGCAGACUCUGCCGGAAGCUACCAAUUUAACAUUGAUGAAUCCGUGAGAUCCUAUGGAGACUUUGCUUUCCUUUUUCUUUCUGUUUGCCUGAGGAAAACGAGAUUACCAAGGAAGCUGCAUCUCAUCCACUCCUGCUCCCUUGGCUACAUUCAGCAGCACGUGACAUGGGCUGGCUGGUCAUCACUUUUCAGGAAUGCCAUAUGAGGGGACCAAAAAUUCCCUUUAUUUCCUGCCUUUCAACAUCCUUGUCCUGUUUUCUGUGUUGGAAGGCUGUUGGCACGGCUGGAAAGGUGACAGUUUGACAAGAGUUACCAAAUGACCUGUGUAUAUAUUUAAAAACCUCUGUUUAAUGUGAUUAUGUGAGGCAGAGUUCUGGAAUUUGAAUGUAAAGUUUCUUGACCUUCCAGAGAAUGCUUCAAGGCUGGGCGUUAGGUUUAGUGUUUUCAGAAUUCUUGGAAAUUUGAUGCAAAAGCUGCACUAUUAUUUAGAAGGGGAAGAAAAGGAGUCCCAUUCAAAAAGGGAGAUUUCUUAUCACAUGCUGCACUUUUUGAACUCCUUAAGUAAAAGUGAGGCAACAUUUGCAUAGACACUUUGCUGCUUGAUUUUAGCAAGACAAAGGCAGGGUUUCUAAAAGGUAGUGUAGAGAAACGCUGUUUGUGCUCUGCCCUGAUCCUAAAUAAAUGAAGGAACCACAAGGCCCUCUCACAUUUUUGGACACCAUGGUGUGGGCAAGGCUUUGGGGAAAGUAGGUGGGAUUAACUUUUUGGACUCAGCACCACAGCAGCAUGCUGAGCAACCAUCCAUCACUUGGCUGCAUCUUGCAGUUUGUCAAGGAUGGAUUGGCUUUCCUUUGUUUAUUUCCUGCCUUUUUCACUGCAGUCUCCCUCCACAAUUGGAUAACUGCCCCAAGUCUUAACCAAGGAAAAAGCCAGUACCGAUAACUCUCAUACUGCUUGUUGACUGGAGCUACCAGGUAGCACAGUAUGAAAGGCAAUGCUCAGGGGCAGAACUUGGUGCUGCAGUAGGCAAGCCCAAAACAGGAUCCUGGUAGCCAGCCCCCCUCCCCUCCCUUCCUGGUAAUGUCUGGGAAUACUCACGCUGCGACAUCCUCACAUCGUGAGUUCCCCUUGGUCCAGUUCCAUCUCAUGGCCUGUUGCUAGCUGGGCUGGGGAAAGUCACAGUGCAGUGACUUCAUGUCAUGAGACGAAACUCACUGGGCAUGGCUGAUGACUAAUGGAGGCGGCUUUGGGGGACAGUUUAUGUCAUGGGAGCCCCAUAUUGCCUGUCACGUCUGGUCCUGGCACCUGUGUCCAGGUGUCUGCUCUGUCUGGUUUGCUUCCACUUUCUUUUUUAACCAUCCUACAUUUCAAACACAUACCUUUUGCGGGGCGGGGGGGGGGGAAAGAAGAGGGGAGGCGCUUGUUCUCCUGUGCUUGUGAAAGGGGAGAGGAUUACCAAACAGGGGCAGCUUUCCCCCUUGCUUUUCUGACGUAUGAUUGCUCUUGUACACUAGCCUUCCACAUAGAUACUCUCCCAAAGCCAGGAGUAUUUGGGCACUGUAGAUGGUAUGGCAGAGAGAAUCUGGUACGACCAUGUGGGCAUUCAGUCUGGGAUUUGAACUUCUGUUCCCAGAGUUGGUUAUGCCUUAGCUGAACAAAAUCCAUCUUUUGUAUUUGCAGCUAGAUCAUUGGCUCUAGAUACCUGCUCAAAGCACUAUUGUUAGGUGUGAGGAACCCCCGCCAGGGUCACCUCUGCGUCAGUUGUGUUUUCAAUUGGUACUUCGUUUGCGAACACAAGCAGUGUCAUCCAAAGCAGAGUUGCACUCUUCUCAGUCCGUUGAUGCUGGUGGGCUUAGAAAGGUGUAACUCUGCUUUAGGAUGGCACUGAGAGUGGCUUGUGCUUGAAUAUAUACAUGAGCAACUUGUGUGAACAGGACAAAAUCCUUGACAGACCCACAAACUUUAGAACCAAUCUUGAUAGUUCAGGGGGCUGUCAAGGAACCAGUAGCAUGCCCCCAUUGAUUCCCCCCCCUCCAAGAAUUCAUGGGGUUGUAGAAGCAAGAAAAGCCUAAAAAACAACAGCAGCAAUCCUUCACCCAAUAUGCUGUAGAGCCGAGAAAGUUUAGUUGAUCCCUACAUUGUAUGGAAACCAUUCUGUGUGUGGUCCUUUCCUGCAUCUGUGUGGCUAUCUCCGAUUGUGUUUGCAACUUUGUGCCUGACUUCCUGUCUUUGUGCUACUGUCUGUUCUAGUGAGGUGGUGCUUGUUUCCCCCCUUCCCCCCAAUCUGAGAACUUUUCUAACCAGGCUUUUGCAAGGCACCUGUGAGUAGGGUCUUUUUGUGCCUUCCUUUUUUAAAGAUGUGGCAUAGAACAAGUGGGCCCCAUGAAUUCAGCUGACAACCAUCUAUAAGCAACUGCUGUUGUUCUAUUAAAUAUAGUUAACAGCACAGGAGCUGUUUGCCAGCUUGCACAGCGUUUUGCUUCCCCGCUCAGUGUUAAAUGUGGAAUUACUUCUGCACUGAGGAGUAUGCUAAGCCAGGUUUCUUGUAAUCGAAGCGUGUGAGCCAGUUUUGAACCCUGAUUAAAAGCUGACCAAUCAGCUUUUAGAUUAGUGCACACUACAAUUUAAUGAUGAAAAAGUAGAGGAAAGGUGGCCAGCAGAGCAUGCUGUCUCUUAACCAGGUUGAAAAACAUUGCAUCCGCACCAGGCAAAAGAGGUAUGCAGAAUUCCCCCCAAAAAAGUCGCUUUCAGAAUUGAACUUUGUAUUGGCAUGCAGUUAUCAAGAGGUUUCUGAGAUUUAAAACCCCCCUGAAACUUUAAGGGACGUUUAGAGGGCCUGAACCCGUUUCAUGUAGGAGUGUAGCAACCCUGAACUAACCAGCUGCUUAAAACCACAUAAAUUGGGAUUUGCUUUGCCCAGCAGUAAGGACUGGAUUGGGGGUGGGGGUCUGGAUGCCAAUGUGCUUUGUGAUCAGAGUGCUGAUUCCUCCUGGGCAUUGGCGAAUCGGUCAGCUAUUCACCCCUUAAGACUGCCUCUUGCUGUCCUGGCUCACCAGCUCUUCGCUUUCUCCUGCUUCCAGCUGGGUUAGCAGCAACCCAAAACUCUGCCCCCGCGCUGCCUUCUCACCUUUCCAACCUACUUCUCCCCAUGACUGCAUGUUAAGGUUCUCAUCUCUACCUGUGUGUACACAACACCUUCAUGUAGGCAGUAGUUAGGAAAAUAAGACAAAAAUGGAGCAUCUCCACAGAAGAAACCGGAGCAGCAUGCCUUCCGUACAUUAGUGCUGUUAAGGUGUUUAUUGCACAAGAGCUUAAUGAAAAAAAAUGUUUAAACAUCUAGUGACCAGAAUGAAAAAAAAGUGUACAUUUAAAACAAAACAGGAAAAAAUAUUUAUUUGGGCUGAUAUUUUUGAAAUACAUUAAAAAUUGGUUGUAUUUUUUAAAGCUUAUAUAAUAAUCUUCAGCAUAUAUUGUGGUUAAAUUCUUAAUUUUAUUGUGCUUAGUAAAAAUUGUCCUGACUAUA